AAACGAGUUAAUAAUCUUAGUAGGCGUGUCGUAUGAAGUCACGUGAACUUACUUGAGCUUCUGUGUUGGAGCUUUAAUUUUAGAGUGUGCUGUAUGGCUGUAAUAAAGGCAGAGUUGAUGAUAAAAAGGAGGAGGCGUGUUUAGAGUUGGCACUCUCCGUCUGUCGUGGCAGUGUAAGGAAUACGAGUGAACGUCAUGUGUGCCGUAGCAAGAGUCUCGCAGCCACGGGUGCACUAUCCGGGAAUCGGUUACCAGCCGCCAAUCAGCCCCAUCUACCGAUCGACGAAGGUUGCUGUGACCCUCAAUCCAACAGGAGGUACUAUUGACACCAUUCAAUCUCAACCACAUCAUUCAGUCAAGGGAGGAUCUGGCAUUGAAGCUCGAGAUCAUCCACAUGUUUCUUCCAAACAACCAGCAAGUAAGACAAUACCUUCUAAUGAAGUUACCAAAGAAAAGAAACGAAAAUCUUCUUCCACAAAGGAUGGUGGAAAGCUGGGAACUUCAUCUAAUAACAUUACUCAACCAUUCACAGAAAUCUUUGGUCCCUCACUCAAGCCUCACCCUUCAGAUUCUGGAACCAAGCAGAAGGAAAGUGGAGCUAACAUGCCAAGUUCCAAAUCAUUGUAUGGAAAGUUAUCUUCAAGUAAAGAAACAAAACCUGCAUCAUUUCCAAAGGACAAAAGUAAGGAGACAAAAGAUGUGAAGUUUCACAAUAAAGAAGUGAAAGAAAUACCUAAACGACCUCAGUCACCAUGCCAGAGUUUAAGUUCAAGUGGAACAAAAGUGACCAAAAAAAGAAAACGCAGUGCUUCAGCAUCAUCAGUGGCCAUUUCUGUUAUAUCUACUGAGAGUUCCUUAAAAGAUAAGCAACAGAAAGACAGAAAGGAUAAGAAAGAUGGUCAACACAAAACACAAACUAAAGCUGGCCCCUCAGAGAAGGAACAUGAUAAAUCUACCAAAUCAUCUUCACAGAUAUCAUCCAACAGCUCUCUAAAAACAAAAACUGAAGUGAAGAAAAAGAAAGAAAAGAAGAAGGAUGGUCAAUCAGAUGAGAGUAAUAUAAAAAAUUCAACAUCCAAACCAAGAAAAUUAAAAGAAGAAAAAAGUUAUCACGUACUAGUUCCCACAGACGUUGAAAAUCUUAUAAAGUUGCCCGAUGAUGGUAACAGCAGUCCUGCCUCAAGCAUUAGCCUGUGUUCCUUAGCCACUGGAGGGAUCCAUGGUCCUCUUGCUGCAAUGAUGGCAGAGAUGGAAAAAGAGAGUAAGUUACUGUCUCCACUGUCAAGCAGUCCUGGUUCCCCAACUGGAGCUCGUCUAAAGAGUAAAGAAAUGUUAGAUUUGAAUGAUAGAGAGACUGAAGAAAAACUUGAUGUUGUUAAAACUAACAAAGUGAGAAAAGACUUGCUACUUCCUAAACAUGAAACAGAUCAGGUUAGAGUGUCGGAAGGAACAGUGGAACAUCAUUCCCAGUGUGAUCCAAGCUACAUGGCUGAAUUAGAGAAACUUAGACAACAGAUAAUGUGUCUAAGAGAUCGUGGUCAUAUCCAGCAUGUGGUAGAUGUCAUUGAAGAGACUGGAUUAUACUUUGUAACUGACUCAACGUUUGAUUUUGACCUAUGUUCUUUAGAUAAAAACACUGUUCAUAAAUUACAAAGCUACCUAACGGUCAAGUGAACAGAUAUACGCUUUAGAGUGAUCAUUAGGACAAAAUCAUUGGACUGUGGAUUCACAAUUGCAAAUAGGUUAAACUGAUAUUUUGUGGAGGAAGCCCUGGAAAAUUACACUAUGAACUUCCAAAUGAAAUUAGUACAUUUAUUUAUUUCAAGUCUAAGAUGCUUUAAAGUUUUUAUUAUUAAAAAACAGUAGUUGAUUUAAUGUAGGCCACUUAAAGUUAGGGUUAAAAUAUCUUAAAUAAAUAAGCAUACAUAAAAUAGAAGGAACUAAUUAAUAUAUUGUUUUGUUUUUUAAUUGGGUAUGAAACUUUAAAACGACUGCAGGAACAUUUUGAUAUACAAUCUCAGUUUUUAAGUUACUGUAAUGGUUUUCAAUGAUUUCUAGUUUUUAUAUCAGCUACUUCUAACAUUUUUAUUUUCACCUAAAUUCCUUUUCCUAAAAAAUUCAUAACAGAGAAAGAAAAUUAAUGAUCUUGUGUACAUUUACAAAGUGAAAAAUGAUUAAUAAACUCGGAAAUGGGCUUCUAA